UUAUUAGAUGUUUUGAAUAUAUAUGUUUAUUUUCACCCUGCAGCUCUUGUAUUGCUUCUUCUGUCCUUCGAUUUUUUUGAGACCAAAGGACUAAAAAUGCCUCAAACUGCGGCUGUCAUCAGUGGGAUCCAGAGGAUGGUUUUGUACGAAACAAGAGCAAGAUAUUUUUUAGUUGGCUGCAACCAUGCACAGACCAAACACAGAGUCCUUAAGAUUGACCGCACAGAACCAAAGGACCUGGUGAUUAUUGAUGAUAAGCAUGUGUAUAAUCAGCAAGAGGUGCGGGAGCUACUGGGCCGCCUUGACCUGGGCAACCGCACCAAAAUGGGCCAGAAGGGCUCCUCUGGUUUAUCUAGGGCUGUCUCAGCCUUCGGCAUUGUAGGGUUUGUGCGUUUCCUGGAGGGGUAUUACAUUGUCUUGAUCACCAAGCGCAGAAAGAUGGCUGACAUCGGCGGCCACUCCAUUUACAAAAUUGAGGACACCACCAUGAUCUACAUCCCCAAUGACUCAGUCAGAGUCUCACAUCCUGAUGAAGCAAGAUACGUGAGGAUCUUUCAGAAUGUGGACCUUUCCAGCAACUUCUACUUCAGCUACAGCUACGACCUGAGCCACUCUUUGCAGUACAACCUGACAUUGCUGCAGAGACCUUAUGAACUGUGGUCGGCAGCAGCUCCCUCCUCCACGGAGGAGGUGCAUGCACAGGGCAAGCAGGACAGCUUUGACAUCUUUGAGGAUGAAGGUCUGCCUACACAAGUGGUUUACGGCCUCCAAAAUGAGCCGUAUUACAAGUAUGUUUGGAACGGAAAGCUCCUUGAGAGGGUCAAGGACAUUGUGCAUCCUGACUGGCUUAUGUACAUAAUCCAUGGCUUCUGUGGUCAGUCCAAGCUGCUGAUCUAUGGCCGACCGGUUCACGUCACCCUCAUUGCCAGGCGCUCCAGCAAAUUCGCCGGGACGCGCUUCUUGAAAAGAGGUGCCAACUGCGAGGGCGACGUAGCUAACGAGGUAGAGACCGAGCAGAUUAUCAAUGACGCCUCAGUUAUGUCUUUUACAGCAGGAAGCUACUCCUCCUACGUCCAAGUGCGAGGUUCUGUCCCACUUUACUGGUCUCAGGACAUUUCCACCAUGAUGCCAAAGCCCCCAAUAAGAUUGGACCAAGCAGAUCCAUAUGCUAAUAUAGCUGCCCUGCAUUUUGACCAAAUGCUGCAGCGGUUUGGCUCCCCCAUCAUCAUCCUCAACCUGGUUAAGAAACGAGAGAAGAGGAAACAUGAAAAGAUUUUGAGUGAAGAGCUUUACCCAGCUGUGAUUAACCUCAAUCAGUUCCUGCCUCCCGACCACAGGAUUGACUACAUUGCCUGGGAUAUGGCCCGCUACACCAAGAGCAAAUUGUGCAAUGUUUUGGACCGCUUGAGCAUGAUAGCAGAGAAUGUGGUUAAGCGAACAGGCUUUUUCAUCAAUCGCUCUGACUUCUACUGCCACACGCUCAGACCAGAUGACAGGUGGCGAGAUGUGGGUGGAUCUGUUACAAGCACUGGGCGACUACAGACUGGUGUGUUGAGAACCAAUUGUGUGGAUUGUUUGGACCGCACCAAUACCGCCCAGUUUAUGGUGGGAAAAUGUGCUCUGGCUUAUCAACUGUAUGCACUAGGAAUGAUUGAUAAGCCCAAACUACAGUUUGAUACUGACUGUGUCAGGUUAUUUGAGGAGCUGUAUGAGGACCAUGGAGACACUUUAUCUCUGCAGUAUGGUGGCUCUCAGCUAGUACACAGGGUGAAAACCUACCGCAAGAUUGCACCUUGGACGCAGCACUCUAAAGACAUCAUGCAAACAUUGUCACGCUACUACAGCAAUGCUUUCUCAGAUGCAGACAGACAAGAUGCCAUCAACUUGUUCCUGCAGGUUUAUCAGCCAUCAGAGGGGAAGCCACAUCUGUGGGAGCUUCCCACUGACUUUUAUCUUCAUCAAAAGAGCACCAUGGCCCUUCAGCACAACAGGCGCAGCUACACUCUUUGGUGGUCAGGUGGAGUCCUGUCGUACCUACCUAUACCGUAUGAUGAAGCCGCCUGUGAAGAGACAAUGAAGACGAUCAAAGUGAAGAGGAUGAACCACUUUGAUGAAAAUGUUGACAUCUACACAGAGUUCUUCAAACCUUAUGAACUCACCUCCUUUGAUGACACUUUCUGCAUUGCAAUGACCAACUCUGCAAGGGAAUUUAUGCCAAAAUCUGUUGGGGUGGAUCCAAGUCCAUUCACUGUUAGAAAGCCAGAGGAAACUGGGAAAUCAGUGCUGGGCAAGAGCAGCAAAGAAGAGACGGUUCUCCAAAGGAAGACUGCAGCCAGUGCACCUCCUCCCCCCAGUGAGGAGGCCAUCUCCAGCACUUCUGAGGACGACUCAGAAGAGGACCGGGACGAUGAAGGGACCGUUUCACAACGCUCUACCCCGAUCAAGCUGCUGACAGAAUCAGGAGAGAACAGUCGCAUGCAAGAAGAGAUCCAUCCACAUCCUGCCAUGAAGGAGCCUUAUGGUUGUAAUCUUGCAGAGUGUCCUGCAGAGGAAGAUUUGCUCAUCUAUGAAAGGUUUGCCCGUCUUGGCGAGAACCAGCACACAGUUGAGAAAACGGAACAAAUAAACUCGGCUAACAUCAUUUGCUUAGAACCAGUGUCACGCUUCAAGGAUGACAGCAUCUACGCCGUCUCUCUACCUCAGGUGGACAGAGUUAGCCACGAAACGUUCAAGAGUCAUGUGAUGGUGGGUCAGGGUCAGGUGAGGGCGCUGUGCAGGGACGACAUGCUGAUGUACAGGGAGUACGUGAAGAACAGAUACAUGUAAAACCCAGAUCACGACAACUGGAACGCUACAAAGGCUCUGACUUUUUGGUGAACUAAAUGUUUUCUCUUGUAGCUGGUGUCAGAGUGUAAGGUAUAUACAUCUCUCUUGUUAAUGAUGUAUAGAAGGCCUUUAUGCUGCUGAAUUUGGUGAUAAAAAAUAAAGUCAGAAAACGCCUUUUUUUAUAUAAUCUGUUUUAAUAGAUUUUGUUGUUUUAUUUAUAUUAACCUGCUUUACAAGUCUACAUCUAAGGAGCCCUUUAGUUGUUUUUUUGCAGUGUCUUUAUUUUAAUCAGAUAUUUAUUUUGCAGUAGCUAAAUAUUGAGCAAAUAUGAAUUUUUCAAAUUGAUUCUGAAUCUCAUUGAGUGCUUGCAGCGUCUCGUCCAUCCUAAUGUCUCCAUUGGCGUUAAUUGCAAGAGCUGCAAGAAGCAGAAAAAGGAUUAAUCUCUGUUGAAUCUUUUUUCUUUCUUUUUUUAAAGUUGUAUUGUGUUUUAUCAUUUUUUAAAAUGCCUGUUUAUUUUUUAUAUAUAUAUUUAAAGAUUUAUCUGUUUUUCACCAUAUAAGGUAAUGUUCACCAAGAACCAUGGAACUACAGUAACUUACAAUGUUGUUCUCUAUUUUGUUUUUGUAUAAACAUAUUCAUGAUAUGUAUGGAAAU